CCUCAACUGAAGAAGAGAAUUAUAUAUUCCCGUUUUGGCCCUACAAAUCUACGAGUCUACUUCCGCUGCAACUGACACGCAUCCACUUACCUUUACAGACAGUCGGGCUUUCCUAUGCACGCAACUGACACAAGGUGUGUAAAAUCCAAGGGACACAAAUUCAAUUCCGGUUUACAUUUAAACGGUUCGCGUAUCAAAUUUUUAAAAACCGCUAUCGAACGGUUGGUGUGAAAUUAAAAGGGGGAAAGCUCUCUUGAAUUUAAUUGGUUCUCUAUUUACUUCCACUUUACUUUUUACUUUCUUAUCAUCAUCCCUCCUAUUCUCUCACCGGAAAUCACGAAUUCUCAAUCGGAAAAAUGGUAACCAACCUAAAUCUACCAAAAAGGCUUUUUGCCCAAAAUAAAAAACCUAAGGGCGAGAGGGUCAACAACUACCACAAGAUUAAAAGAACUGCAGAAUCUUAGAUGCUCUCGACCCGGAAGAAGUUGAGUUCCUCCGAGGCUCGACUUUUGGCAAGAUUCUCGCCGAUUACGACAAUCCCACAUUCUCCGGUGCUUUUGGAUACAGCGUCGUGCAGAGGCGACUUAAAACCCAGAAAAAGCAUGAACUCUGGUUUCUUUUCGCCGGUAACCCAAUAAGAUUUUUGUUGAGGGAGUUUGCAAUUGUCACAGGUCUUAAGUGUGAUCCUGUUCCACCUCAACAGCCACGGAAAAGGAAGAAUCCUAUAGAGGAUAAACUCUACUGGAAUGAGUUAUUCGGAUCAUUGAAAACAUGCACAACGGACAUGGUCAUCGAAAUGCUGAAGAAACGCGUUGUUAAAGACAGAGAAACAAGAAUCAAGUUCGCUUGUUUGGCAAUUACAUCAUCAGUUCUACUCCCAACUUCACACACCCCGAAGAUAAUCCCAGAGCACGUCGAGUUGAUUUGGGAUAUUUAUGAGUUUCUUGACUAUCCUUGGGGCAAGGUCUCUUUCAGUCUUCUCGUAUCGAAUCUUAUCAAGAAAGACGAGAUUGCUCUGUCCCAAGACUCCGUCGCAAUCCAAGGAUAUGUCGAUGCCAUUCAACGUGUGCUUAUUGCCGCAGUCCCACAACUCAAAGAAGAAGUCGCCACUGCCGAACCGGCCCCCCGUGGUUGACUACGACAGCGAAGGCGACGCAAAUAUUGAGGAGGCAGGAUCGGCGGCUCAAACUCCGGCAAGGAAGACCUCAACCGGCACUCCCAAAUAUGUUGUUAUUCCUGGGCACGCGAAGGCACUUGAUUUUGAAUGCAAUGUUAAGGUGAACAACAUCAUUCCGAGUCCUGAUGAUGAGUGGCUAAUGAGAUCUGAUUUCUCCUGGACAGACGAGGUGUUGGACCCGGAAGUUGAUACUAUGUUGAAGUUGAUAGAUGAAGGUUUUAGAUUCCGCAAGGAUAUGUUCACCGGAAGUGUAACUGCCCAAGAUUUGUACCGCAUCAAAGUGGAGAGACAAAGAGAGAAAGAAGCGAAGGAGAAUAAUGAUAGAGACAACGCUGAUACACAUGAGACUAAUUCUCCUGACCAAAACUCACCUCUUCCUAUAGCAAACAUCGUGGCAGACAUUUUGAAAGACCAGUUUGGUGGACUAGAGAGGCGUCUUAUUGACGCGAUGUCCAGUAGAUUUGAAGGUAUGGAGAGGAACAUAGAAGGUUCAGUAGUGGAUGGCAUCAUGAGCAUGCAAACCGUUGUUAUCAAGGCUCUUUCCAAUCAUGAACAUAUUACUCGAACAGCAGCACCGCGGAGGCCAAUACAACCCCAAACUCAACCCACUCCAGAAGGUGGUGGGUUAUCUCCCCGCCCGCAUGACAACACGGAAUCCAGAAUGGCCGACGACACCAUUAGAGAUGUUCUUGGUGACCUCGGCUCCCCUCAUAACAGAGGCAAAGACCCUGUGACCUCAUCUGGCAGCGUCAUCGGUAGGCGUACGUCCAGACAUGUUGCUUCAGACGGUGCUCCAGCCUCAUCUCCCGAGGGUGUAAACUUGACGACGGACCCGCUACAAACCGACUCUGCUCCUGCUGAUCAAACAUCUGAAGCCUUCCAGGACAAAAGACCAGAACCCGAGGAGGAAACUAACGAGGAGGGGGAUAGGGAAAAUGUUGGUGCAUCCGACCCCGUUCAGCAUGUUGUGCGCCCAGAAGAAGCCAACCCAGCUAACGCGGAGGGAAGGAAGAGCAAACGAAGCAGGCAACGUCCGGCUGUCUACAAGGAUUACCAGUGUGAUCCCAAGGUCCCCGGUGGUUCCAAACAGCCCCCAUCGGUAGAGUGUUUGUACGAAAAGAUGGUUGAUAACCUCAACAUUCUUGGGCAUAUAAAAAUUGCUCCGGAUGUGGCGGUGCCCACAGGUGAAUUCCUUAGCAUAGCCCAACGCACGCAGCCAAUGACAGCACAGGUAAUGGACUCGCUCGUGCGCUUUCUUUCUAGGCACCCGACGGCCACAGGCGUCAACGUAUGUUUCUGCGAUACAUCCAUGCCCGCAACGUUAAUGGAGCAGUACGUUUGGUUAAGACCGCUGUGAAAGAUACGUCAAAAAUCAAGUUCCUCGACAAGAAGUUAUGCAACCCUCCCGUUACCACAGCAGAUAGACUGUACUUCCCCUUCAACCUAGACCAGAAACAUUGGGUGGGUAUUUGUGUCGACACGAUGGAGGGAACAGUUUACAUUCUCGACUGUAACACAUCUUUCAAGACCGAGUCCCAAAUGAAGAAGGAGCUCAACCCAAUCGCAUUCAUAUUCCCUUACAUUCUCAGAGCUCGAGACCCCACCACUCCGACUUCACUGCUGAAGCCGUUCUCGGUUGUUAGAUGCGGCGGCAUUGCCCAUAACAACAAUCCCCUCGAUGCUGCCAUCACAACCGUCCUCCUCAUCAAGGGUCACUCCGCCGGCCGUCUUCAUGGAUGCAAAGCAAUCACCCCUACUGUUAUCACAGACGCCGCGAAGUUGUUUGUUCUCAGUUUUUUCGAGUACAUUUGCGAUAAUGCCGGUCUCCUCAAGGUUGAAUGAUAUUUGUUUUCCUAUCCACCAACUCUUUCCAUGUUAUUUCGUUCAAGGCGCCUAUGUAUUACGUGCCUUUUGUUAUGACAUUUUAUGUAUUACAAUCAUAUUACUUUUCGGUUUA